AUUGGAGGGUUAUCGUUUGGCACUUGAUAUAUUUCAGUUUGGUGGCAAUUUGUUUCGGCCAGUGCUACUCUUCUGUUUGUAGAUAUUUAAAGAAUAGCACCACUGUUUUGAUUAACGCUAACAAGUCUUAUUUCACACAUCCAAUGGCAAUCACAAUUUGUCCAAGUUUUCCUUCAGAUUACAAUCUGAAUGUCUCGACCGAAUACGACAAGAAUUUCAAGGAACUCGAGAAGUUCGUCGAUCCCAAGAACAUGGCGAAUACCUCUUCAUUUCACACGACAUGGGGCUUUGUCCGUGACCGAGAGGUGUGGCUUUGUGCAACAAUUACCCCAUCUAAAAAUAACCGCAUCGGGUUUGAUGAAGCCGUGCCUGUAAUUUUCAGCCAGCCCGAACCUCCCAAGAGCACCUUUGUUGUGUUCAUCCAUGAUAAUCGAGUCAUCUUUCCCACCGUGAUGAACUUGGCCGGAGUUUUCAAAAAGAACUUUGGCGCUGUUUCAGACAUCACCAAAUUCGAAACCAGCUUUGCAGUCACCAGAGAGUCUUGGAAACUUCUCCCAGAUCAUAACCCGUGCUCAGACGACUCUUUACCUCUUUUCACUUGUGUCGAGCAUUACGUGGCUCAAAAGAUUGGUUGCCGACCACCGUGGAUAGAAGAAGCUCAGAUUGACAAGCCAGUAUGUUCUUUAGAAGCCGAAUUCAAGGAGGACGGGCAAAUAUACAAGGUUCUAACCGAAUCCACCAUGGACCAGAUUCAUAAUCUGACAAAAUGUCGUCUACCCUGCUCGUACUUCAAGUACAAUGCAGAAAUGACGUUCCAACAUCGAUGUCACGAAGGGUCAAGGGUCCAAUUCUACAUGGAUUCAGAAUCUUAUAAUGAAGUGGAACAAGUUCUGGCCUAUUCUUUGUUGUCUUUAUUGGCAGAUAUUGGAGGUUUCAUGGGCUUACUGCUAGGAGUGAGUCUUUGGACAUCUCUAGAAUCCAUAAGGCAGAAAUGUGUGCGCUGAAUUCCCGUCGCUUUUGAGGCUUCGAAGAGUACGUACACCAUAGUAUGUACUUGAACACACCAUCAUGAGCUCUUAUUAAUGCAAUGACGAAGUUAAACCGAGGUGCGAGCCCACAUCUCCUAUCAGACCAUCUGACACCUAAGGAUUAGAUCAUAAAUUGGUCUUGAUCUGUACAUUGAUUUCACGACAUUUUAUUAUCGUCGACAUAAAUGUGCACUAAACAAGUCAAAAAUAGCACGGAAAAAGUAUUUCCACAUGUGUCAAGUCCCAAGAUUGACAUGUUCGGGCAUCUUUUCAAUUCCCAGAACUUCGACUUAUCACAGUCAUGCUUGAAAAUUUGUGAUAAUGGAAGAUGGUAUGAGUUUUAAUGACGUCUGGUUGGUACUAAAAUAACCAUGGACGUAAAGGCAUUGACAUCUAGAGAGACCAUUGCUCAAUUUAAUGACUCGAACCAACAGCUAACAAAAGCUCGCCAUAUAACAUCUAUAGUUCGGGCUGGCAUUUCGUGUUCAGAGCGCCAUUUUAGUUUUAUUUUUGAGAGCAUUCAGUGCCUAUUUUUCUGUAUGGUUUUAUGAUCCGAUCUUUACUGCAAAGUUAAUCCAAAAGUUGGCAAGGUAAAUAUGUCGACGUAGUGUAACCACCUUGCUUUCACAAAUAAAGGUAGCAUUUCAGGCAUUUACAGCCAUCAAUCUAUUUGUACACCCAGAUAAAAAAAUCUCUCUAAAAGUCUGCACAAAUACGUUGAUAUUGUCGUUCAAUGUUCAUCUACGUGUAAGCCAUUGUCAUCCAUUUCAUAGUGUUACAGACAGUAUUGUAACCAUAUGCGAGGACCAUUAAUCAUCAUAUUACGAUCCAAACAUUAGAAGAUAUUAGUGUUCAGUAAAUGUUAAGACAUUGAAUGAUGUAUACUCCGA